CCAAAAUAAUAAUAAUAAUAAUAAUAAUAAAAGAAAGAAAGGGCAAUGGUUGAUUUUAGAAGAGGAAGAAGAUAUAAAACCUGUGUGUGUUUGUUGUGUAUUAUGGUUGGGCCAUCUUGUCCAUCUAUCCAAAAUUUCCCAUCCCGCAACUAAUUUUUCUUUAUUUAUCUUCUUCCUCCCAUAUCCAUCGAAAAGGGUUGUUGUUUUUGUUGUUAAUUUUUAUUUUUAUGAUGAUGAUGACAAUGGAGGGGAUGAUGGACAAGGGGGUGUUGGAUGAUGUGAUAAGGAGGCUUCUUGAAGGCAAAGGAGGAAAACAGGUUCAGCUUUCUGAGUCGGAGAUUCGUCAACUCUGCGUCAAUGCCAGACAAAUCUUCCUCUCUCAGCCAAUUCUUCUUGACCUCCGUGCCCCCAUCCGAAUCUGCGGUGAUAUACAUGGUCAGUACCAAGACUUGCUGAGGCUUUUUGAAUAUGGUGGCUACCCUCCUGCGGCAAACUACUUGUUUCUGGGGGAUUAUGUAGAUAGAGGGAAGCAAAGUUUGGAGACAAUAUGUUUGCUUUUGGCUUACAAAAUAAGAUAUCCAGACAAAAUUUAUCUCUUGAGGGGAAACCACGAAGAAGCAAAGAUAAACCGAAUUUACGGUUUUUAUGAUGAAUGUAAAAGGAGGUUCAAUGUAAGGCUAUGGAAGAUAUUUACCGACUGCUUUAACUGUUUGCCGGUAGCUGCACUCAUUGAUGAGAAAAUACUUUGUAUGCACGGGGGACUCUCUCCGGAAUUAGAAAAUUUAGAUCAGAUAAGGGAGAUUCAAAGGCCUACUGAAAUUCCAGAUAGUGGUCUCCUAUGUGAUCUACUUUGGUCAGAUCCUGAUUCUAACAUUGAGGGUUGGGCAGAGAGUGACCGAGGCGUUUCAUGUACUUUUGGACCUGAUGUACUUGCAGAUUUCUUGGAUAAAAAUGACCUUGAUCUUGUUUGUAGAGGGCAUCAGGUUGUGGAGGAUGGAUAUGAGUUUUUUGCUAAAAGAAGAUUAGUCACAAUAUUUUCUGCUCCAAAUUAUGGUGGGGAAUUUGACAAUGCUGGUGCAUUGUUAAGCGUUGAUGAUUCUCUUGUAUGUUCCUUUGAAAUAUUGAAACCCGCUGAUAGAGCAUCUGGUAGUUCAUCGAAAAUGAAUUUUAAGAAGCCACCCAAACUUGGAAAGAUAUAGUAUUUGGCAAAGAUUUUCGGUUCAAAUAGGAAUCCAAUGCAGCUAACUCAACUUGUACGUACGGAGUGGAAAUUGUGAAGUAGGAGUUUGGCAUGGGAGAGCCUUCCUUCUACUUUACAUUGCAGAUUGCCAAUGAUGCUAUAUUGUAAACUUUACUACCAAGCAUUCUUUUGUGCAGGAGCAGAGAUUACUGCUUUAUACACCAGUUGGUUGCUUGUGUUUGGCAAAUUAGCAUGUAAUUUGUGAGUGCAAAGAGAUUUCAUGUUACCAAAUGCGUAAAUUUCUGUGCCAUUUAUCUGAAUGACUGUUCUGGAAUGUUGUUUUUGGUAGACACCUGUUCCUGAGGCUUAACCUGUUGCUACCGCCACUGAUAGCGUAAUCAUUUAUAUGACUAGUCUUCGAACUUUCCAUUGGACAAUAACUAGUCGUUUCACUAUGUUGGUAGUCUCAUAUGAUAUGAUGACAAGGUUACCAUGUUUUGAA